CCGCCGCUGCCUGUGAGUUGUUGUUUCCUCCUCCUCCUCCUCCGCCGCCGCCUCCUCCUCCGCCGCUGUUGGUUGAAUGGUGGAGCUGAGGCUCUGGCUGGGGAACACACAGUGACAGCUACAGGGCAGGCAGGCAGGCGGCGGCGUCGUCCCCGCUUCCCGUCCUCGGCCGGGGAACCCCGCCAGUGGCCCCUAAGUGACCAAUAAACAUGUCUUGUGAGAGCAAAGGCCUCUCGGAGCUGCGAUCGGAACUCUACUUCCUCAUCGCCCGGUUCCUGGAAGACGGACCCUGUCAGCAGGCGGCUCAGGUGCUGAUUCGAGAAGUGGCCGAGAAGGAGCUGUUACCCCGGCGAACUGACUGGACGGGGAAAGAGCAUCCCAGGACCUACCAGAAUCUGGUGAAGUAUUAUAGACAUUUGGCACCUGAUCACUUGCUACAAAUAUGCCAUCGACUAGGACCACUUCUAGAGCAAGAAAUUCCUCAAAGUGUCCCUGGAGUGCAAACAUUAUUAGGAGCUGGAAGACAGUCUCUGCUUCGCACAAAUAAAAGCUGCAAACAUGUUGUGUGGAAAGGAUCUGCUCUUGCUGCUUUACAUUGUGGAAGACCUCCAGAGUCUCCAAUCAACUAUGGAAGUCCCCCUAGUAUAGCGGAUACUUUGUUUUCAAGGAGACUGAAUGGGAAGUACAGACUUGAGCGACUUGUACCUACUGCAGUAUAUCAGCACAUGAAAAUGCACAAAAGAAUUCUUGGACAUUUAUCUUCCGUAUACUGUGUAACUUUUGAUCGAACCGGAAGGAGAAUAUUUACUGGUUCUGAUGAUUGCCUUGUAAAAAUCUGGGCAACAGAUGAUGGAAGAUUGCUGGCUACUUUAAGAGGUCAUGCAGCUGAAAUAUCAGAUAUGGCUGUGAACUAUGAAAACACCAUGAUAGCUGCUGGAAGUUGUGAUAAAAUGAUUCGAGUAUGGUGUCUACGAACUUGUGCUCCUUUGGCAGUUCUUCAGGGUCACAGUGCAUCUAUAACAUCACUACAGUUUUCUCCAUUAUGCAGUGGCUCAAAGAGAUAUCUCUCUUCUACAGGGGCAGAUGGCACAAUAUGUUUUUGGCUGUGGGAUGCUGGAACCCUUAAAAUAAAUCAAAGACCCACAAAAUUUACAGAACGUCCUCGACCUGGAGUUCAGAUGAUCUGUUCUUCUUUUAGUGCUGGUGGAAUGUUUCUGGCCACAGGAAGUACCGAUCAUAUCAUUAGAGUUUAUUUUUUUGGAUCAGGUCAGCCAGAGAAAAUAUCAGAACUGGAGUUUCAUACUGACAAAGUUGAUAGUAUUCAGUUUUCAAACACUAGUAGCAGAUUUGUAAGUGGGAGUCGUGAUGGAACAGCUCGAAUUUGGCAGUUUAAGAGAAAAGAAUGGAAGAGUAUUUUGUUAGAUAUGGCUACUCGUCCAGCAGGACAAAACAUGCAAGGGGUAGAAGAUAAAAUCACAAAACUGAAAGUAACUAUGGUAGCAUGGGACCGUCAUGACAACACUGUUAUAACUGCUGUUAAUAAUAUGACCUUAAAAGUCUGGAAUUCUUAUACUGGUCAACUUAUUCAUGUACUCAUGGGCCAUGAAGAUGAAGUAUUUGUACUUGAACCACACCCAUUUGAUCCUAGAGUUCUUUUUUCUGCUGGCCAUGAUGGAAAUGUGAUAGUGUGGGACCUUGCUAGAGGAGUCAAAAUUCGUUCUUAUUUCAACAUGAUUGAAGGCCAAGGACAUGGAGCAGUAUUUGACUGCAAAUGCUCUCCUGAUGGUCAGCAUUUUGCAUGUACAGAUUCCCAUGGGCAUCUUUUAAUUUUUGGCUUUGGCUCCAGCAGCAAGUAUGACAAGAUAGCUGAUCAGAUGUUCUUUCAUAGUGAUUAUCGGCCUCUAAUCCGUGAUGCCAACAAUUUUGUGUUGGAUGAACAAACUCAGCAAGCACCCCAUCUCAUGCCUCCCCCAUUUUUAGUUGAUGUUGAUGGUAACCCUCAUCCAUCAAGAUAUCAGAGAUUAGUACCUGGUCGUGAGAACUGUAGAGAUGAACAGCUUAUUCCUCAGAUGGGAGUAACAUCCUCAGGACUAAAUCAAGUUUUAAGUCAGCAAGCAAACCAGGAAGUCAGUCCUUUGGACAGCAUGAUUCAGAGGCUUCAACAAGAACAGGAUCUGAGACGCUCUAGUGAAGCUGGUACCAGUAACAAUAGCCGUUUAGGCAGAGCCUCUGUUAGCUCUACCUCAGAAGUUCAUUCACCACCAAAUAUAGGCCUGAGGCGCAGUGGACAAAUUGAAGGUGUAAGGCAAAUGCAUAGCAACGCACCAAGAAGUGAGAUAGCUACAGAACGGGAUCUUGUGGCCUGGAGUCGAAGGGUUGUAGUACCUGAAUUAUCAGUUGGGGUUGCCAGUAGGCAAGAAGAAUGGAGAACUGCAAAAGGAGAAGAAGAAAUAAAAAUUUACAGGUCAGAAGAAAAAAGAAAACACUUUACAAUUCCAAGAGAGAAUAAAAUACCCACUUUGUCAAAGAAUCAUACUCAUGAUCAUUUACUUGACUCUGGAGACUCAAGAAAGCAACAAACUAAUCAGCAUAACUACCGUACAAGAUCUGCCUUGGAAGAAACAGCAAGACCCUCAGAAGAGUUAGAAAAUGGCAAUAGUUCUUCAGAUGAAGGUGAAAUAGUUGCUGUCAGUGGUGGAACAUCAGAAGAUGAAGAGAGAGCAUGGCACAGUGAUGGCAGUUCAAGUGAUUAUUCUAGUGAUUAUUCUGAUUGGACAGCUGAUGCAGGAAUUAACCUGCAGCCACCAAAGAAAGUUCCUAAACAUAAACUAAAGAAAGCAGAAAGCAGUUCAGAAGAUGAAGAAGAAUCUGAAAAACAAAAGCAAAAACAAAUUAAAAAAGAAAGGAAAAAAGGAAAUGAAGAAAAAGAUGGACCAACGUCACCAAAGAAAAAGAAGCCCAAAGAGAGAAAGCAAAAGAGAUUGGCUGUUGGAGAAUUGACUGAAAAUGGUUUGACAUUAGAAGAAUGGUUGCCUUCAGUAUGGAUUACAGAUACUGUUCCUCGAAGAUGUCCAUUUGUACCACAAAUGGGAGAUGAGGUUUACUAUUUUCGACAAGGACAUGAAGCAUAUGUUGAAAUGGCCCGAAAAAAUAAAAUUUAUAGCAUUAAUCCAAAAAAACAGCCAUGGCAUAAAAUGGAAUUGCGGGAGCAAGAGCUAAUGAAAAUAGUUGGCAUCAAAUAUGAAGUGGGUUUGCCUACACUGUGCUGCCUUAAACUUGCUUUUCUAGAUCCUGAUACUGGUAAACUGACUGGAGGAGCCUUUACAAUGAAGUACCAUGAUAUGCCAGAUGUUAUAGAUUUUCUAGUCUUAAGGCAACAAUUUGAUGAUGCAAAAUAUAGACGAUGGAAUAUAGGUGAUCGGUUCAGGUCAGUCAUAGAUGAUGCUUGGUGGUUUGGAACUAUUGAAAGCCAGGAACCUCUUCAGCCUGAAUAUCCUGAUAGUUUAUUUCAGUGUUACAAUGUCUGCUGGGAUAAUGGAGACACGGAAAAGAUGAGCCCUUGGGAUAUGGAACUUAUUCCUAAUAAUGCUGUAUUUCCUGAAGAGCUAGGAACAAGUGUUCCUUUAACUGAUGUUGAAUGCAGAACAUUAAUAUAUAAACCUUUGGAUGGAGAAUGGGGUUCUAAUUCCAGGGAUGAAGAAUGUGAAAGAAUUAUCACAGGAAUAAACCAGCUCAUGACACUAGAUAUUGCUUCUGCAUUUGUGGCCCCUGUGGAUCUACAAGCAUAUCCCAUGUAUUGCACUGUAGUGGCAUAUCCUACUGAUCUCAGUACAAUUAAACAAAGACUGGAAAGCAGAUUUUACAGGCGGGUUUCAUCACUGAUGUGGGAAGUUCGAUAUAUAGAACAUAACACACGUACAUUUAAUGAGCCUGGAAGCCCUAUUGUGAAAUCUGCCAAAUUUGUCACUGAUCUUCUUUUACAUUUUAUAAAAGAUCAGACUUGCUAUAACAUCAUUCCACUCUACAAUACAAUGAAGAAAAAAGUCCUCUCUGAUUCAGAGGAAGAAGAGAAAGAUGCUGAUGUGCCAGGAACGUCUACCCGUAAAAGGAAGGAUCACCAGCCCAGAAGACGUUUACGCAAUAGAGCUCAGUCUUACGAUACCCAGGCCUGGAGAAAUCAGUGCCAAGAAUUAUUAAACCUUAUAUUUCAAUGUGAAGAUUCUGAGCCAUUCCGUCAGCCCGUGGAUCUCCUUGAAUAUCCAGAUUACAGAGACAUUAUUGACACUCCAAUGGAUUUUGCUACAGUUAGGGAGACUUUGGAGGCUGGUAAUUAUGAGUCACCAAUGGAAUUGUGUAAAGAUGUAAGACUUAUUUUCAGCAAUUCCAAAGCUUAUACACCAAGCAAGAGAUCAAGGAUUUAUAGUAUGAGUUUGCGUCUGUCUGCUUUCUUUGAGGAACACAUUAGUUCAGUUUUGUCAGAUUAUAAAUCUGCUCUUCGUUUCCAUAAAAGAAAUACAAUAACCAAAAAGAGGAAGAAAAGAAACAGAAGCAGCUCUAUUUCCAGUAGCACUGCAUCAAGCCCUGAAAGGAAAAAAAGGUUGCUAAAACCUCUCCUGAAGGCAGAUAUCUCUACCUCUCCAUUUUCUACACCUUCACGAACAAUAGCCCCAAGACAUAAUGCUGUUCAGAUGAAUGGAAAAACGAUAGAGUCCAAUUCUGUGGUGCGAACUAGAAGCAACAGAGGACUUACAGACCUAAUUGUAACUGAGCAACCAUCUACUUCUUCGGGAAGCAAGCCUUUGAUUUCAAAGCCUAAUGUUUCUGUGAUACCUGGGAAAACAAUGCUGGAGAAUACUACAAAACAUUCCAAAAAUGUAAAUAGUCUUUCAGGCUCAAGUCAAUCUAAUUUUAGUCACAGUACUAGGAAUAACUCUGCCAGAGAAAAUAUAGAGAAGGAAAAGCCAGUCAAACGUAAAAUGAAAUCAUCUGCUCUUAACAAGACACCCACUCCAAUUCAGCAAGCAGAUUGCAAGAAUAAUGCUUUGGCAUCAGGAAGCAUCCAAGUAAAUGGGCAUGGAGGUCAGCCAUCAAAACUCAUUGUAAAGAGAGGCCCUGGAAGGAAACCCAAGGUAGAAGCGAAUAUAAGCAGCAAUGAAGUUGUACACAAGAAAAGAGGCAGAAAGCCCAAAAAACUUCAGUGUAUGAAACAGGAAAAUUCAGAGCAAAAUAUAGUACAAACCAUCAGAGAUGUGAUUAAUGAUGAAGUAACUGCAGCUUCUUCAGCGUGCAAUUUUCUUUCUGAAACUAAUAUUGUAAAAGAAGAUUUAUUACAAAAAAAGAGCCGUGGGGGCAGAAAGCCCAAAAGAAAGACAAAGGCACAGAAGCCAGAUUUAGACCUUAUGGUUCCUGCAAGUGUUAAGAUGCUAAGAAGAAGUAGUAGAAAAAAGACAGAUGAACCUAUGGAUGAGGAUGAUGGGUCUGAGGAACUUAAGGGCUCUGAGCCCCACAUGAGAACUAGAAACCAGGGUCGAAGGACAGCAUUUUACAAUGAAGAUGACUCUGAGGAAGAACAAAGGCAGCUAUUAUUUGAAGACACCUCUUUGACUUUUGGAACAUCUAGCAGGGGGCGAGUCCGAAAGUUGACUGAAAAAGCAAAAGCUAAUUUAAUUGGUUGGUAACAUGUACCAAAACAUUUUACUUUAAAUGAUAUAAAGCAGGUACAGUUAAGGAAUAAAUAGAAUCAAGGCUUCUUCCUGGCUGCUAUUAUGGAUUAGAGAGUGUUAUAAUUUGAAAGAAUUAGCAAAAAAGAAAAGAGAAAAAAGAACACUUCUUUAAAGAAAUAUAUAUUUUAAAUGUUUGCUAUUUAUUGCCCUCAAAUAGGUUAUACAUUUCAACAGUCAUUUUACUCAUGGUUCAGAAGGGAGAGGGGAGCAAUUGAAGAUGUUAGAGCAAUUCCUGAUUUAUUUAUAGAAGAAAAAGAUUUGUUCGCACUGUGGAGGUGCAUCAUAUUCCUAGUUAACAGAACUUUUCAUGCUACAAUGUAUGUUUAUUUUUGACCAAGCAAGGUACAUUUCUAUUGAUUAUAGAAGUCUUGUCUCCUAGGAAGACAGAAUGUUGCAGAGUGGCAGUAAAUUAAGAAUUGUGUUUCCAGUAAAGAUACAUAUAAAAUCACCAAACUUUGCUAAUCUUUAAUUUCGGUAAUGUUAGAAAAUGCUUAGAAAACAGGCUUUUUGCUUUAUCCCAUUUCUGCCAAACCUAAAAAAAAUUUCUUGUAAAAAAUAUAUCCACAUUGGAAAAAGUUUGACUGGUGUCUAAUUUUUCAGACCUUGAUUCUUGUAUCAAUCACUAAAUCUCUGUUUAUUGUGCCAAAGACUGAGCAUCAGUGCAGUGGGAAGCCUGUUUUUGACUCUCCAUACAGCAUACAGUUUUCAACAAUGAAAAAGGCUGUAUGUUACUCUUAAGUAGAAAGUUACUUAAAAUUGUGCUAAAAUUUAUCCUUUUGGUACUUAAAAAUAAUGCACUGGUGGGAGUCCUUUGACAGAGAUGUUUUAGGCAAAAUAUUUAAGUGGUUAAAGGAUUCAAGGAAAUUACAGGAAAGGUAUGGAAUUUGCUGUUUACUUGAUCUGGAUUAAUAUCAUUUCUAUGACAUUAGACAUUUGCUAGGCUAAAAUAAUUUACAAAGAAAUGUGUCUGUGUGUGUAUGUGUAUAUGAUAGAUGGAUAUAUAAAAAUAUAUACAAACACAUACGUAUACAAUAUUACCCAGGUAAAAUUCUUUUCAGGAUUUUUUAAAUAGCACUAGAAUAAAAUAAUUUGAAAUGUCAUACUUUAUAGUUUAAUUUUAAGGGGAAGAUUGGUUAUUUUCAAUUAUAAAGGUUAAAAUAGGCCAAAUCACUUUUUAUGCAAUCAUGUUUUAUACAGUGGUCUCAUUGCACAUUGUGUUUUUUCUGCACUUUUUACGGUAUUCUUAUCACGCUGAUAGAAGUCAAUAUACACCCUAAAGAAAAAUUCCAUUUAAUGAUUGUGCCUUGUAUUCUAAUUUUUUUUUUUUUGCAUCUUUAGUAAAAUUAAGUUGUCUAUUGUAAAUGAUAACUAUAUGACUUAGGGGAAUGUAUUGCUAUAUGUACUGCUAUGGAAAAGGAAAGCAGUUAUUUAUUUGUUUAUGGUACAUUUAGUUAUUUUAUACCUUAAAAACCAACUUAAAAUACCAUUUCUGUUCAAAAAAUGUUGUCCAUUACAAGAAAAAUUUAAAGGAUGUAGUAUUUUCUGAGGACUGGUAUGGUACAAAAAUGUAACCAAAAUUUUCAGAUACUACAUUUUUGAAAUGGGAUUAGGAAACAGUGUAUUAUCAUAACCCAGCUGUAGAAGAAUAAAGGUCUUUAAAUUGAAUGUUGCCAAAUUAAAUUGCAUAGUAAUCUUUAUAUAUUCUGGUAAUGUUAAAUAUUAGCUGUCAUUUAAUUGUUCUAAAGAAAAAUAAUAGUUGAUAUAUUUGGAAUUUUUAGGUUAAGUUUGUGCAAAAAUCCUCAUAUAAAAUUAAGUAAAACCGUUUUCCAAAUUUUGACUGGGUUGCCAUGAUUUUACAUUUUGGGAGGAAAAAAAAACUAAUUUGAAAACUUAGCAGGUUUCUUUGUAUAUUUAUUUUUUCUAAUGGUUAUUUAACUCUUCAGUUAAAAUUAAGUGGCUAAACCAUUCAUAAUGCAAAAGGUGGAAGGAUUGCUUGGUUGUACAGUAAAAUGCAGUCUUUCAGUUAUACCAUUAAAAAUAAUGAAAUGUGUGUGUGUUUGACCUUUAACAAGGAUUAAUUUAAAAGAUCUCAUUGCUUUUGAAGGCAAUCAAUAUCAGAUAUGUAAUUUCCUGAUGUUAUCUGCAUUGUGUUAAAAACAGUAGCAUUCAUCUAAAAGUUCAUUUUCUGUAAAAAUAUAUACAGAUAUACAUAUAUAUUUUUAUGGUGUGUACAGUAUAAAGCUAUGAAUUCAUAAGAAUGACCCAUAUACCAUCUUGGAGUGUAUGACAACACUUCUCUAGUACAGUGUGUGGGGAUUCUAACUCUCGAGCAAAGAAAUGAGUAUUUAAGGUCUUAUCUGCAGCACAUAUUCUUUCUGUUCUGCAAACACUGUAUAUUUAUGACCUUAAGCUUACAGUUUUACUAGUAACUGAUAGACACUGGUUUCUUAAUGAAUCAUGAAUUAUUUGGGUCAGGUUCUUUUUAAUUGAAACACUUUAAAAUUUUUAUUAGUGAUGCAAUAUAUAUUUAAAUUUUAUAUUUUUAUAAUUUAGCUUCACUAUGUUGCAAAGGUUUAGUUCAAAAGAUAUAAGUCCUUAUCUUUUGUGUGCUUUCUGUUUAGGAAAAUGUUCCAAGACAUUGAUACCAACUCUGUGUGAUCGUGCUCACAAACACACACACAUCCCAAGUUGUUCUACAUGAGCAAUAAAACAAUCUUGUUUUUUGGAAUAAUUUCAUAAAUGAUGGCUUGUUACAUGUAAUAUAUAAAAGCCAUCUGUAUUUUUAGUUACCUAUGGUGAAAUUCACAAAAAUUUGUCCCAAAGUAAAAAAAAAAAAAUGUGUUUUUUUUUUUAACAAAACACAUAAAUGUUGCAAACAUGCAGUUUAAACAUUAAAUCUAAUUAGGGCCUCAUAACCCUGGCACAAUAGAUUUGUAGCUUCAUUAAUCUAAAUCCAUUGAGCUCUGAUAUUGUGGUUUUAGGCUGUUUUCUGUCUAUUAAGCAUUAACUGAGGCCAGAGUUUAUUAUAAUUACUUUCAUUGAUUUAAGUAUGAUUUCACUGCAACUGAAAAGAAUGUUUGAUUGUCAUAUUAUGACAAGUGGUUAUAUCUUUACAAAUUGUCUUCCUCUUUAAAUGUGAUUUGAAUGACUGUAUGAAAUAUUUGUAUUCAUUUUAAUUUGUACAAUUUGGGAUUGGGUUUGGACAUACUUAAAAGAUGGGAUUGACUGAAUUUAGUAUUACUAGGAAAUUAAUUAUGUAAGAUAUAUUAUUAACUGAUAAAAGGACCCUCAUGCCGCAUGUAUGUUAACUACUAGAACUGUCACUUGUCUGUAUGGUGCAGUAGACCAGUCAAUACACUGUUACUGUACAAAUGUAUUCAAGUACCAAUUUUAGCUGGUUGGAUGUCAGCAAUUUUUUAAAGAUUGUCAUAUGUAGACUAAAUUAGUACAUCCAGGCUUUGCAGUUGCUUCAAUUCUAAUAACAUUCCAUGACAUAUAUAUAGUUUGCUCGUACCCGCUCAACUUCAGCUGGAAACAGUCUUAUUUUCUGUUUACUACCUAUUGAAAUUUAAUGUUAAUUUUUAAUUUAUGUUUUAUAUUUUUUUAUGUUACCUUGCCUUUUUAAAAAUAAUAAUUAGUUGGGGGGACUGGGCUACUCAGUUGACUAAAGGGCUAUGCAUUUUCUGCUUAGUUUCUCUAAAUCUUCUAACAUAUAUGCACAUUGUAGCAAGUAAAGGACUUUACUCUAGGAAUGGCCCCAAAACUGAGAAUUAUCUCCACAGAUAAUGCAAAUUAGCCUUUUUAUUUCUUUAUCUGGAUUUCUCUGGUUUUUUUUUCAAUAAACAUUAAAACUAUGGGCUUUUUUGUUUUUUAGUUUAAUUUUCAGAUCAUUUAAAUUCUGUAAUCUUUAAUUUUCUAUGAGAAUUGUUAACUAUAAACUAUAUUAAAUAGUCUUAAGCACUCCCAGUGAAGAAAGUUAAUUUUACUUAUGAGGAAAAAAAAGUCUAAAGACUACAAGUACCAGUUUUGGAGCUCCAGAGAUAAACUUGUACACACUGCAAUAAAAAUACAAGAGUUAAAAAUGGUCUGAACUAUAUAUAGUUUUGGGGUUUGGUUUUAAUAACUCUACUUUGUAAUUAUUUUUGAUGCAGAUAAAUACAUCAGGAAAUUAACCUUACAUGGCACAAACCAAAUACAUGAUGGUGGGUGGUGAUAUUGUACAAUGAAUUUCUACAUUUAAAGAACUAAGAGGUUAGGUUUUGAAUGGUAUAUCAAUGUCCACCUUGUAUACAUGCAUAUAAGGCACGUGCACAUACAUGCUAUGUUCUAUGUAAGGUUGUGCAUGUUGAUUUACCGGUUAUGGUAUGCUGUAGAGUAUGAGACAAAUAAAAGUUACAUUUUUGGACCAUAUUAAAACUGCAAACCAAGACAGGGAUCUUAUUAAAGAUCUUUUAGAAAAAUAUAAAUCCUGUCACUUAAGAUAUUUAGACAUGUGUAGAAUGUAGCUCAAUUUUAAGAAAGUGACCUAGAGGGUUAAUUUUGAAACUGACACAUUUUCAGAUAUAAAAUACACUUAUUUUGUACAGAAUACAAUGUUGAAUCUGUUGUAUGUAAUAAAUACCAUACAGUUUCAAAACAAGAUAAUUCUUUAGCUUUAUCCAGUUUUUUUCUUCCAGAAACCUGGAAUAUCAUGUUGUUAUAAUCUACAGUAUCACAACAGGAUAACAGUGCCCUUUCUUUUUGUACAUACUGAUUGGACCUUUCUUUACUGUUAUGUGGACACUUUCUAUGUUAGUUUUGAUGCAUAAUUCUUUGAAUCCUUUUAUACAAACUAGAAUGUAUGUGUAAGAAUUCCUGUCACUGCAAUGUAGUAACUACAAACCUAUUUUUAAAUAAAUAGAAAACUUGUUUUUCUAA